AAAUUACGGAAACGCCAACAAUAGCGACGGUUUCAUCUUCUAACUGUUGAAAACAAAGUGAUUCUCUCUCACACAGUGCCAAAACCCAAGCUCUGAAUCCCUCCCUCCCUCUCUCUUUCUCGUCGAUGAACGCUUCCGUGGAUUUCAGACCUCGCAACUACACCGCCGAGAAAGGAUCUCACGCGCUCCCUCGCGUACGCGCCGAUGAUGCUCAUCCUCUCUCUGCUCCACCACUCCCCCAGGUCAACGAUGUUGUAGAUCGUGGGAACACUGAUUUUUUUGAUCCACUGAGAGGUACUGAUACUGAUGCAAAGGCUGCUCCUCAUGAUCCUGAUAACUUGGUUGAAGCUUCCGAACCUCGGCCGACGAAGGAAUGGACAUCUUUCAGGAGAUUACUAAUGCAGAGGUUUCCUGUCUCCAAAAUGGUUUCAGUUUCUUCAAUGCCAGAUGUUUUAAUGAGAAGUGGGAAAUCACAUGAGAAAUCUUCAACAAGUAUGCACUUGGAGGAGCUGGAUGAUCCACAAAAAUUUGCAGAUGAGGGUGUCAAGGUUAUUACUUGGCAGGAGUAUGUUUCUCGUCUACAUGAGCUCAAAGAUGAAAUUACCCGUUCUUGGCUUGCUGACGAUCGUGUAACAUCUUUAAAGUUAACUAUAAAGGUUGCUAAGCUUCUGAUGGAUACGUCAGUUUCUGAGUUUUAUCCUACCCUUUUUGUCCUUGUCACAGAUAUCCUGGAUAUGGUUGGGGAGCUGGUUUGGCAACGCAUAAAGCGGAGAGCCGAGUUUACUGAAGAUGGAACUUUAGUCUGCAACUUAGCAGAAAACUUUGAAGCAAGGGAUAUUUGUGUUGAUGCAAAAGAAACUUGCUAUAACUGGUUCAGUAAAAUUGGUGCUGUACAAGAGCUUCUUCCACGCAUUUACUUGGAACUGGCAAUAUUGCCUUGCUGGCGUUUUCUGCUUGACCAACCUGUAGAUAGUCUCCGACGCUUGGUAAUGAUGACAAGGGGAUUAGGAGAUCCAGUUGCAUCUGCAUAUUGCCGUUUAUAUAUGGCUCACUGUGCUCAGAAGCUGCCUACACAUGAUAUGGGUUAUCUUGUAACAUGUGUUAAUGACAUCAGAGUUAUUUUGAUGCAAAUCUUGUCAGCCAAUGAAAGAACUCAUGAAAAUGAUGAACACAACAAAAAAUUGCGAAUCAGUCUGAUGGAACCAACCAUUGAGUAUAUUAUUAAAUGUAUAUUUAAUGGUUUGUCUCAGCGGCAAGCCAAUGAAGUUCUAUCAGAGCUUGGAUUGAUGAAGAGUCAACAGGACUUUAGGAAUGUAUCAUGUGUUUCACUCAUUCUUCAUCAUUUACUGAAGGAACUCCCUAUUGAAGUGGUCAAUUCAAACAUUAUGCAUAUCCUUUAUCUCAUUGAAUUUAACAAGGAUAAUUCCUUUGGUCAGCACAUGAAUUACAGAUUACUCGGAUUCAGGCUGUAUGAAAGGAAACCCCCAGUUGAUAUUUUCAAUGCUGUGCUAGAUAAAGUUAUUCAGUUUAUUGCGCAGUAUGAUAGCCUUGAUGAAUACCUGAAGGUUGUAGAUGCUUAUGCUGAUAUUAUUCUUCAGAAUCAGAUGGAUAACCUUUUGAACACCAUCUUGGGAGGUGUUUCAGAACGUAUUUGUAAAGGAGGGGUUGCGGAAGAUGACAUACCAGGCUUGCAAUCUCUCUUGGUGAAGCUCCUGUCUCAUUUUAAGAGUCUGGAAGAUGUGUUUUCUCUGAAUUGCUUUCCUGAAAUCUUAGAUGCAAUGCAUGGGAAAUCACGCGAUGUUGUCUUUUUGCAUAUCCUUAGCAUGGCGACAAGGAAUGGUCAUAUUAAUGAUCCAUCAAGCAUAAAGUUGCUUUUUGAAAUUUCUCGGACUCUACAUGACAACAUGGAAGUUAUGAUCGUGAAAGAUGAUGAUGGUCUUGUGGCACGUUCAAUAUCUCGCUUUGUGCACAUGGUAGAUUAUGGAACAGAGAUGGAACGCCAACUAGCAUUUCUUGUUGAUUGCCGAGGAGCUUUUGGUAACUUAGAUGAGCUUAAGGAAAGUCUUGUUCACUCAAGCAACUCUUUAGCAAUUCAAGCUUUGAAACGUUCUAAGAAGCAUAUGAGUUUUGUGAAAUCAUGUGUCACAUUUAGUGAAGUCACCAUACCUUCUAUUUCUGCUCAGAGGCAAUUUGAUCUUUUCUUAGAGACUGCAGAGGUUGCACUCUCAGGGGGCUUGGUUUCUCAUUCAGAUGGAUUGAUCGAUUCAGCAAUCAGCUGUUUGCAUACUUUAGACAUAAUUGAUGGCUUUCGAACUCCAAGUGAUGUUGAAGGAAUAGUUUCAUCUAUUAGAAAGCUAUGUGGCUUCUUAAUUAUGGUUCCAGGUAAUUCUGGUCUACCAGUCACCUAUUUCCCGAAUAAUUUAUUUACAUUGAUCAGCUCCCAAUCACGGUUUGACCCAAAAAUGAGAAUACGGGUUUUUUCUGCCAUCAUAUUAUUAUUGACAGCUUCAGCACAAAAGAAUCUGCCAUAUCAUGCAAAUGCACAGGUUCCAGGCAAUGACAUGUUAUACUAUGGGGAUUCAUCUUACAAGCAAGAACUUGUUUCUUUGUCUAAGCUCGUUCUUGAGAAUCUCCUUAGUGUCGUCAAACAAGAAGCUACGCAGUCUGUUCGAGGAACUAUGGCACUUGAAGCUUGCAAUUGCAUUGCAUCAUCUUUCAUGCUGAGUGAUGAAUUGUCGUCUAUUUGCGUUGCUCUUAUUGAAACAGCCAAGUCAUGUUUGAGUGCUCAAGACAGAUGCCUCCAGUCAACAAUUCAGCUUGUAAACAAGCAUUCGUCUACUUCUGUAUGAUUUGUGUUUGUCUUAGUUGGUAGAUCACUAGUUUUGGCUAUAAUUUAUCGAUGAAAACAUUCAGUUUCAGGGUACUGUAGGACCUCUGUAACUAUGAUAUUUGGAUCAUUUUUCAGUUUGAUUAAGGAAACUUUGGUCAAACUGCAGUAAGUAAUGGAAUUGUAGGCAAGUGAUUAACAUUAAUUGAAAUCUGGUUCCAAA